AUGAACCGGGUUUACAAACCUAUGCUGGAUAAGUCGGUAAUCGUAUUUAUCGCUGACAUUUUAGUAUAUUCGAAGAAUGAAGCUGAGCAUGUGUACCAUUUGCAUGAAGUGUUAGACACACUCAGACGAGAAAAGCUGUAUGCAAAAUUCUCGAAGUGCGCCUUCUGGUUACGAGAAGUACAGUUUCUCGGGCAUAUCAUUAGUGCUAACGGGGUACUAGUGGAUCCGUCAAAAGUAGAAGCCGUGUCAAAAUGGAAGACUCCAAGGAAUCCCACAGAACUCCGAAGCUUUCUAUGGCUUGCAGGAUAUUAUCGGAGAUUCAUACAAGACUUCUCCAAAAUUGCAUUACCAUUGACCAAAUUGACUCGCAAGGAGGAGAAAUUUGUAUGGGGCGUUGAACAAGAGAAAGCCUUCUAA